UGUGUCUUGUAGCUCAGCCCUGAAGUUCAAAGAUCGUUUAGACAUCACAGCAAGGUGAGAACUGCUGCAUGUGUGAGAUCCUGCAGAGUGACUGAGGGAAGAGAUUUGUAGGUGCUCAGAAGGCAGAGUUGAAGAUGUCUUCCACAGAUACAGGAUGUUGCAGCAGAAUUCACUCCUGUCCCAAACCACAAGGCUUUCUUGCCUCCAUUAUCACAAAAGGUCUGCUGGCUGUGCUUCUGCUCGGUGUGUGUUGGGCGGUGUUGGGGAAGGAGUGUGAGCCGGGACACAACAUAUUUGGUUUGGUGAUUCUGUUUCUGAGUGCAGUGUGUGGAGGGAAAAUGGUGGGAGCAAUUACACUGCCAAACAUGCCCCCUAUACCACCGCUGCUGGGUAUGCUGCUGAUGGGUUUGGUGCUGCGUAAUGUUCCGUAUGUGAGCGAUGCCGUGUUUAUCAAUCAAAAAUGGUCUUCAUCACUUCGUAGCAUCGCUCUUGCCAUCAUCCUCACCCGAGCUGGACUCGGCCUUGACCCUGCUGCUUUGAGAAAGCUGAAGGCAGUGUGUGUGAGGGUAGCUGUGAUUCCCUGCACUGUUGAAGCCUGUACUGUUGCCUUGAUAUCUCACUUCCUCAUGGGCCUGCCUUGGAUUUGGGGCUUUAUUCUAGGGUUUGUGUUAUCUGCUGUCUCCCCUGCAGUUGUUGUUCCCUCCAUGCUGCUCCUGCAGGCUGAUGGUUUUGGGGUUCAGAAGGGAAUCCCAUCACUCCUCAUGGCAUCAGGAAGCUUUGACGACAUCCUCGCUAUUACCGGAUUUACUACCUGCCUCGGGAUGGCGUUUGGCACAGGCUCCACAUGGCUCAGCUUGGUGAAGGGGCUGUUGGAGGUGGUGGUAGGGAUUUUAUCUGGGGCGAUUUUGGGUGUUCUCAUCCGUUUCUUCCCUAGUGAAGAUCAGUAUGAUCUGGUGUUGUGGCGUUCCUGCAUGUUGUUGGGUUUGUCUGUGUUCUGUGUGUUUGUGAGUCACGUGGCUGGGCUCGGUGGGGCCGGGGGACUGAGCACGCUUGUCCUGUCCUUCAUCGCUGGAAUCAGCUGGGAGAAACAAAAGGCCCCAGUAGCUGCUGUUGUUGGGAGGUUUUGGGACAUUUUUCAGCCACUUCUCUUUGGACUGAUUGGAGCCGAAAUCACUAUUUCUACACUCAGCGCUAACACUGUGGGUUUAGGAACAGCUGCUCUUUGUGUUGGUGUAGUUGUUCGUGUGUGUGUGACAUUCACUGUUGUUCUAUUUGCUGGUUUUAACCUGAAGGAGAAAAUCUUCAUCUCUCUUGCAUGGCUACCUAAAGCUACAGUACAGGCAGCUAUAGGUUCUACAGCACUGGACAUGGCACGUAGUGUAGGAGACGAGCAGCUGGAAGGUUAUGGGAUGGACGUGCUGACGGUGGCAGUGUUAGCCAUCAUGAUUACAGCUCCCAUUGGUGCACUCGCUAUCGGAUUUGCUGGACCCAUACUGCUGCAGAAAUACACUGAAAUAGAGGAGACAAAUACACAAGCAGAUAAAGACGUCUCGUCUCCAGAACUACACAUACAAACACCUCAGGCUGUGGAGAGCAAACUAUAACACACACACACACACACACACACACACACACACACAGUGGCUCUGAGUUGUUUUUGAUUGUGCUUUUAAUUGUUAAAAUAGGAUUAACAUUAUUAAAACUAAUUCUAAUGUAAUUUAUUUAU